AAAUAGCUUUUCGUAGAGUUUUUAUUAUAUCUUUUUUACAGUUUAGUGUAAAUAUGUUGAGAGCAAUAGUUUUAUUAGUCUUAAUAAGUCUUCACUCAAUAGUCUGCGACGACCCGACCAUUGACGUGAAGACCAGUUCAGGUGUGGUGAGGGGGAAGGUUAUCACAUUGUAUAACCACACUGUGGACCAGUUUUUAGGCAUACCCUUCGCACAGCCACCCUUAGGUGCCCUUAGAUUCUCUAAGCCUAAGCCCAUUGAAACGCCAGCGAAGGAUGUUAUCGACUGUACAGCCAAUAAGGACUCAUGUAUGCAACACGACGGCACUGGACUGCUGAAAAUCAGCGAGGACUGCCUGUUUGUGGACCUGUGGGCCCCUCAUAGUUCCAACGCAAGUGGUGGUGCCCUAAAGCCGGUCAUGUUCUGGAUAUACGGCGGUUCCCUCACGAGUGGCUCCGUAGCUCUGCCCACAUAUGACGGCGCUUUGCUUACUUCUUACGAUGUGGUGAUUGUGACCACAAACUACAGGUUAGGAGCCUUUGGUUUCCUAUACGGCGGCGAAGAGUCGGCACCGGGAGAUGUGGGCUUUUUUGACCAACUGUUGGCACUGAAAUGGACAAAGGAAAACAUUCACCUCUUCGGCGGUGAUCCCAAUCAGAUCACAAUAUUCGGUGAGAGCGCCGGCAGUUGGUCCGUAUCGGCACACAUAUUGUCGCCACUAUCUCGGGGUCUAUUCAAGAGGGCUAUCCUGGAGUCGGGCGCUAUAUUUCAGGACAAAAAGGCCGGCGUUUUGUCUAAAGAGAAAGCGCUGACAGAAGCGCAACAAAUGGCCAAAUCAUUGAACUGUACGGAUGGGAAGCUGUGGUUGGAUUGCUUGAGGAAAGUGGACGCCAAGACCGUUAAUGACUAUAAGGGCCUGGAUAUCUUUCCUAUUUAUGGCACACAAUUCCUCCCAUUGAAUGCACAACAGUCAUUCAUAACACACAAUUAUAGCGCCGACAUCGACAUAAUGGCUGGUGUUAUGCGAAACGAGGGCUCAAUGUUGGGUCACAUGGAGUACCCAAAGAGUGAUUCCCUGAAAACCAAAGAGGACUUCAAGAGUUUGGUCAAAGCAGUGACCAUCCCAGAUCUGGAUGUUGAGAAAAUCACCGCAUUUUACUUGACCGAUGUGGUCGCCAACUCAACCAAUGGCACUAAACAUGCCUUUUGGGAGUUCUUCGGUGACAUAGCCAUCACUUGUCCCACAUAUCUGUUCGCCAAAGAGUUUGCCCAAAAUUCGCCCAAAAAUAAUGUAUACUUCUAUGAGUGGACUCAUCCCUCAUCACUAUUGGGUCCAUUAAUGGGCUGUUCCCAGGAAAUGGGUGUCUGUCACGCGGCCGACAUUGAGAUAGUGUUCGGAAUGUCUGUUUUGGUCCAUUCAAAGGACACUGACUUCAGUAAAUCAGUUAUGCAAAUGUGGACCAACUUUGCUAAGAAUGGUAAACCAAUGGAUGGCACGUCCUAUAAGUGGCCGCGACUUAUAGAGUCAGGUGUUGUGAGUCCGGUGACCAAAAUAAAGGAAAUAAAUCCCACAAAACCGGACACUAUAUUAGAUAAUUUCUUUGAGAAAACUUGUGAU